AUUUCUAAUAAUAGAACAGACCGUGGGAUAAUUUUUUUCACUAUGGAGGUUAAAAGUAAGUUGUGUAUCGAAAUGCGGUACAAAUCUUACAGAAAGCGAAGCGUGAAGUGAUGAAGAUAACUUUAAAGAAAAAAGUUGUCAAGACUUUUUUAACUCUGAGUGCAUUUAUUUCAUUUGUGUUGAUAUUUUGCUGGGACAAAACUUCACGGGAAAGUUCACAAACUUUACAAUAUCGACAUGGCGGCGAACAAGAGCCACUUGUUGAAUCGUUCCGAGGUGACAUAGUGCGGAACCAGGUUCUCAGAAGUCAAAGAAGUGCCAAAUCAUUUAGUCCCGAAAUCGAUUUAUUUCACAGAGACAGUGUGUUGGAAGAAAAGAGUUUAGAGAAAGAAGAGAAAGUUUCCCACACAAGUUUGGAGAAAAGUGACUCAAAAGUUACUGAUAUUAAUGACGUGUUUAUUUCAGUUAAAACUACGUUAGCAUUCCAUGAAACGAGGAUAAAACUGCUACUGGACACUUGGAUCUCAACAUGCAAAAAACAGACAUUUAUUUUUACUGAUGGUGAUGACACAGAUCUCAUGGAAAAAUUGCCAGAGGGCCAUGUGAUUAAUACAUACUGUCCUGAGAAUCAUUACAGGAAAUCCUUGUGCUGUAAAAUGGCAAAAGAGUUUGACUUUUUCAUAGAUUCAAAUAAAAGGUGGUUUUGCCAUGUGGAUGAUGAUAAUUACUUGAACACUGACCAGCUGAUAAAGCUCCUUCAAAAAUACAAUCACACAGAGAAAUGGUAUAUGGGUAAACCUAGCUUAAGUCAUCCUCUGGAAAUCCAAAGUAGGACCAAUGAAGGGCAAAAGGUGGCUUUCUGGUUUGCCACAGGAGGAGCUGGAUUUUGUAUCAGUAGAGCCCUCGGUGUGGCUAUGGUACCAGAAGCAGGGGGAGGAAAAUUUACAAAGGUUGGAGAUUCCAUUCGAUUACCAGAUGAUUGCACAAUGGGCUACAUUAUCAAUCACCUUUUGAAAGUAGACCUGACCAGGGUGGAUUUGUUUCAUUCGCAUUUAGAAUCUCAAUUCAGGAUAAGGGACCCGAAGAAACAUAUAACUAUGAGUUACAACAAUCAGAAUGUGGCCAAUGUAGCUGGAUUUAGUGUGAAAGAAGAUCCUACAAGAUUUAAAUCGAUACACUGCAAUCUGUAUCCCAGUGAAGGAAUGUGCAUGAAUGCACCAUUUUGGAUUAAUGGUCAGCCCAUGGCCAAAGUCUACAGGCCUGAGCGAAGUGAUCCAUCAGCAGCUGCAGAUCCUGUUGGGUGUGAGUCGCUACUGCGGCGUCAUCAGCGAACUGCGUUUUGUGCAGACAAAAAACAAUGUGUACAAUUCAGCUUCAAAAUGAAAUGCAAGAUUCACCAGGACGAAGACAGUGGGGUGCUUUGCUGUCAACAAUGCGAGGAGCCAGUGUGCAUGAAGUGUAUCAGUACUGAGAAACACUGUGGGCAUUCCUUUGUAGCAGCUAGUGAGAUGGUUGUGUCCGUGACUGACAAGUGCCAUGAACAGAUAAGUAAAAUUCAGGAGAUGGUCAUUCCAAACUGCCGCCUAGUUGUAGGUGAAAUGGGUAAAAAUCUGGAUGCAAGCAAACAUCUAAUAUCACAAGUUAGAUCUUCCAUGACGUCCAGAGUAAGAAAAAUGAAAGAUAUAUUAGAUGAUCUCUUGUCAAAGAAUAUGAAAGAUUUAACAGAUAUUGAGCACAUCAUAAUCAAUGAGUACCAAGCCGAAGAACACAAGAUGAAAGAACACAUAGAUCUGUUACAAGGAAUUUUAAAUGAAUUCGAGAAGAGAGGAAAGAAAAGGGAACCCGAUGAAAUAAUGGCCAUAUACAACAAAAUCCAAAAAUUAAAGGAAAUCCCAAGCUUGAAACUGCACUAUGAUCUUCCUUCCUUUGAAGAGGGAGAGUUAAAGAAUGAAAAUCUGGAAGCUUUGUUUGGAAAAUUAACCAUACCAGGGUCCCUUCAGCGUCCAUUGCAAAAGCUUCACCCACAGAAACCAAAACUUUCCCCCAAAAUCCUGAAAGUGAAAGCAAUUCAUGUUCCAGGUAUUGAUAGGUGUCGACACAUUUCCUGUAUGAAAUCCAACAAGGCUUGGAUGGGCGAUGAAUUAGGAAACCUGGUCCAAAUUGAUCCAAAAGGCAAUGAAAUUCAACAGAUUAAGACUCAUCAUUACAAGCACCAACCUACUGGAUUUCAUUCACUUACAAAAGAGGACGAAUUGCUCUUUAUUGACCAGUAUGACGACAGCAUUUCGAAGCUCAUCCCAGGGAAGGAAAAGAAAGUUGUCUUAACAUUUAAAGACUGGACACCGAUCAGCAUUCACGUUUCUCAUACUUCCGGUGACCUCCUAGUAGGAAUGAUGGAUGAUCGAAUGCAGAAAGCCAAGGUAGUUCGCUUCGAUGAAUCUGGGAAAGAAUUGAAACAGUACGAACUCGACCAAGAGAGUAAGAGACGACUUUACAGCUGCCCCCAUUACCUUACCGAGAAUAUUAAUGGCGACAUCAUUGUCUCGGAUUGGGAAAAACAAGUUGUUGCUGCUGUUGGAUUGACCGGCAAUCACCGCUUCGAUUACGAUGCUGAGGGAGGUCAUCCACCUGGAACUGUGUUUGAACCCAGUGGAAUAUGUACCGACAUCUUGGGGAACAUUCUUGUCUGCGACAACAACGAUCACUUGGAUGAUAGUGUCCACAUGCUGGACCAAGACGGAAGAUUCCUCUGUCUCAUUCUCCGUCUCCCAUCCUCCACUCUGGAGAGGAGAAUAAGAGCAAUUGGGAUGGAUGACAAGUAUAAUUUAUGGGUCGGAGAUGUUGACUCCAAUGAAAUUAGAGUUUACAAGUACUUAGAAUGACAAGUAUUGACAUUUUCGAAGAACACACAAUGUAAAUAACAUUUAGAUCUUUAUUUUUUCUGUGUAAUACAUGUACUGUAAUACUUAAUAGUUAAUUAUUUAUUUUGAAAUUAUAUUGAUCAUUUUAUUAUAACGUUUAA